UUUCAAAAUUAAGUAUUCAUUUACAUACAUUUUUACUGUCUUUCUGUUAAUGUUCUCUAUGGUAGCUUUUAGUGUCUUCAGAACGGGAUUCCGACCAAGAGUUCCAGACAGCAUAAAAUAAAAUACAAUCGGCCCAAAAUAAUAUACUUAAAUCCAAUUUAAGGUUUCUUCUGAUGUUGACUACCUUAACCGAAGAUCAAUAGACCACGUGAAGGGGAAUAAAUUCUAGCACAUAGCAAAUAUUUGAUAUUUCUUUAGCUCAGAUCAGUUUUAUUUUUAUAUCAUGAUCUCAUGCGGUCUCUCUUUCUUGGCGACCACUGUAAAUGAAUAAUUUAAUGCUACCCAAUCUAAAGCUUCAGAUUAUUUAGUACCAAAAGCUAUGAGCCACUUAAUCAGCUGAGCAGAAAAAAAAGCAUGCCGAAAAGCUUAUAUUAUCUUCCAAGGUUGAAGCAAAAGUAUACCCAACGGAAAAAAUUAGUACAACCUGUUGCAUUUGACAGUGGGAAAGCUUUAUGCCUGCGGAAACCAGUUAAUGCCCCGCCGCCCUGCACUGGGACUCGAUGAAACCCGAACUAAUUGUUUAUCCAAUGCAUUCCAGCAAACGUAUUUUCUAAAGCUACCACACGCGAUUGGAAAUGCUAUUCUUAACGAUCAAUCUAUUAUUUGGCAGGAGUUAGUCGUAUAGAAAUGUUUGGAGAGAAUGAGUAGUGCCUUGAUAAGGCCUAUUUAAAAUUUAGAAGUAACUUUCUCAAAAUUCCAAAAGUAUGCAAAAACGAACCACCGAAUUUCUUCGGGUGUAUUCACUUUGAUAGCAUCAUCCAAAGCUUUUUAUUUUCUAUGCGCCACUCUCUCGGUCACAGCGGUAGUUGCCCACCGGUCGCCGCCUCUCGCAGUUGGAACCAUAAAUCGGCCAUAUAACAGAGGGAUUUAGCCGGGUUUUAGUUACCAAGAUAACCCAAAAUCAGGUGGCACCAUGAACCGAAGGCUUCCUGGAACCUUAAGGAGCUGCAGAAGGCUUCUCGUUGCACCAACGUUGACCAGAAGCCUUUCCACAACGCAUAAGCUCUUUGAGCGGCAAGAAUGUCAAGUUCUGGUCGUUGGUGGCGGCACUGGCGGCUGUGCCAUGGCUGCCAAGCUCUCCUCUCGUCUAGGUAGCAACAAGGUGAUCGUUCUGGAGCCAGAAGAGAAACACUACUAUCAGCCCAUGUUCACCCUGAUUGGUGGCGGAAUGAAGCGUUUGGAUCAAUCACACAGGCAAAUGGGGGAUGUCCUGCCCAAGAAGGCCAAGUGGAUUCAAGAGUCAGCCUUGAACUUUGACCCAGACAAGAAUGAGGUCAGCACAUCCGGCGGCAAGACAAUCGCAUACGAUUUCCUGGUCAUUGCCACUGGAAUGCAACUGAAAUAUGAGAAGAUACCCGGACUAGUACAGGCCCUGGAGGCCCCAAAAACCAAUGUGUGCUCGAUCUAUUCACCCAAAUAUGUAGAUAAUGUCUACGAUUGCCUGCGCAAGACGUACAGGGGUAAUGUGAUCUUUACCUUUCCCCACUGUCCGAUCAAGUGCGCUGGAGCACCGCAGAAGAUUGCCUACAUAGCGGAGCACUAUUUCCGGAAGAUGGGCCGCCGGGACCAACUGAAUAUCAUUUACAAUACAUCCUUGCCUGUGAUUUUUGGGGUCAAACAAUAUGCAGAUGCCUUGUGGAAGGUGGCCAAGAAGCGAAAUAUAAACGUCAAUGUGAAUCGGAAUCUCGUGGAGGUGAGACCCGAGGAUAGCAUAGCCGUAUUCGAGGAUCUCGCCGAGCCUGGAAAGCUUUACGAGGAAGUGUACUCCAUGCUCCACGUCUGCCCACCAAUGACCGCUCCCGACGUGAUCGCCAAUUGCAAGCAGCUGGCCACCGAAAGCGGAUUCGUGGACGUCGACGCGGCAACGCUGCAGCACAAAAAAUACAGCAACGUGUUCGCCAUUGGCGAUUCCGCCUGCACACCCAACUCCAAGACAGCGGCGGCGGCAGCUGCCCAGUCACCGGUUGUAUUCAAAAAUCUGAUGGCGGUGAUAGAGGGCAAGAAGCUUACGGAAGCCUACGAUGGCUAUGCCUCCUGUCCGCUUGUCACCGGCUACAGCACCUGCAUCCUGGCUGAGUUCGACUAUAGCCUGGCCCCCUUGGAGACAUUCCCCUUUGACCAGGCCAAGGAGCGUUAUACAAUGUUCAUCAUGAAGAAGACCUUUAUGCCGAUCCUCUACUGGCAGCUAAUGAUGAGGGGCUACUGGAAUGGACCGGCAACGAUGCGAAAAGUACUUUCGAUUUUGAAGCUUAAAAAAUAAUGGAAAAAGUAAUGAAACACCUUGAUAUUUGAAAUACCUUGUGGAUUUCAAGAUAUUUUAAAUACCAAUAAAAUCAGGAGCAAAUAAUAUAUACAGGGGAUUUCCUAUACGACUGACUGAAUUAUUGAAAAUAUUGGCUAUAUAUUGGCGAUUUAUCUAAAAAAAAAAUGGGAACGUAAAAGUCACAAGCUAAAAGCCAGUUCAGGACCCUCGGGUUCCCUAAAUAACUGAAAAUAUGGGAAAUAUUUUCAGAAAUUCAGUCAUACAGUCGUAUAGAAAAUCCCUAAAUAUAUUGUUAUUUGCUCCCCCACUCUCGGACCAUAAAUAAAUGAAAACAUAAUAUAA